AUGGCUGCUCCGGCGGCAACAGCGAGUUCUCCUCCAGGUUUGUGUCCAAAUUACGCCGUGAUAUGCUCCUUUCUGGAGAGAUACGGCGCCUUGUUGGACUUACCGGAGCUCACCUUCCCGCAGCUGGAGAGAUAUCUGCAGGACACGACCUCAGUCCCGAAGCUGCUGGUCGACCUUCACGUCAAGUUGCUGAGGAAGAUCGGCAAGUCGGUGUCUGCAGACAGAUGGGAGAAGUAUCUGGUCAAGAUAUGUCAAGAGUUCAACACAACAUGGGCCUGGGAACUCGAAGAAAAAGGGUACAAGGAGAUGACGAUGGAGUGCAAGACGGGGAUCCUUAAAUAUUUGUGUGAGUGUCAGUUUGACGACAAUGUAAAGUUCAAAACCGCCAUCAGUGAGCAGGACCCCGAAAAAAUGCGCCUGCAGCCGAUCGGUCGGGACAAAGAUGGUCAGAUGUACUGGUAUCAACUGGAUCAAGACGACAACGUUCGCAUGUACAUCGAGGAGCAGGACGACCUGGACGGCUCGUCGUGGAAAUGCAUCGUCAGAGACCGAAAUGAACUGGCCGAGGUCGUUGCGCUGCUGAAGACGCAGAUUGAUCCCGCGCUGCUGAAAAAACAAGAAGCCGAAGGUGAAGAGGGUAAAAAAGCAGAAGGUGAAAUUAAAAAGAGUGACGACUCAUCAGAUGAAGACAGCAAAGACUCCACCAAAGCUGUCGGUCCAGCCUCACCGAAGACCGAGAGCAAUGGAAAAGUUGACGACUUGAAAUCCGAAGUGCCUGACGCCAAAUCGUCAUUGAACGGCCUCAUCGAAGGCAAACCUGAAUCUGAACUUAAUUCGGAAAAGGCCGCGACGGAUGACAGUAUCACUACAAAAGCCCACAACAUCAAAGAAGAGCCGAUGGAAGUGUUGGAAACUAAAUCGAGCACAGCGACGAGUGAACCAGCUCCCACCUCUGAGGCGCCAUGUAUAUCGGUAAAGGCGGAAAAAGGAGAGGAGGCGAAGAAGAACAGCGCAGAGGAAAUUCAACAGGCGAUUAAGAACGACCAGCAGGCCAAAAUCCCUCUGAAAAAAAGAGGAAUGAAGUUUAGCGAAGAUUUUGAAAAGAAUAAAAACAGCGGCAGCUCUAUCAUUGUGCAGAAUCCAUCUGUUUCUCAGAAUAAAGAAGCUCCUAAAACCAACUCGACUCCUGAGCAGAGAAAGAAAGCGCAGAGCGUAAACGAUCACGUUAACGGCGAAGUUCAGCUCGCGUCAGAUAAAGGUAAUUUGAGCGAGUCGUCGAAAGAAGCCACCGUCGACAAAGAAGAGCGGACGACCGAACCGGCUGCAGGUAAAUCUGUAGAAACCAGAGAAAAAGACGCACCAACUAAAGGCAAGGAUGGUGUGAAAGACAAAAAGGAAGGAGCUCAGAGUGCUGAGAAAGUUACAGAGUCGGUCACAUCGGAAAAACACGCAGCCACGGACAAGAAAGAUCUAAAUACGCAGGUGGAAAAGGAAAGCACUACAGAAAAGGGGGAAGCACACGAGUCUCCACCAAAACCUACAGAAGAGUCGCCGCCUUUACCUAAGGACGCACAUGAGAAGUCGUCUAGUCGCGUAGAAGAUGAAAAAACUAAAGAAUCCAAACCAGCAGAAACAAAAGAGUCUUCUACGGCGGACAAGAUGACCACGUUAAAGGAAACAGAUAAAACAAAAACAACCGACGAAUCAAAGAAGUUAAAUUUGAAUCAUGAGGUUAAAUCCAAAGAAGCCGAAUCAAAAGAUUCAGAAAAAUCAAAACCAGAAUCAGAAUCAAGUAAGAGUGAAGAAACUAAUAAAUCAAAGGUGACAGAAAAUGUAAAAGACGUAAAGCAUACAGAAACGAGUGACGUUAAAGAAACUGAGAGUAAAGUCGAGAAAUCCUCUGCAGCGAAAGAGAAGCCGGGAGUCAUUAAAACAACAGAAACACAAUCUGACUCUGAAAAAGCUGGGUCACCGUCUUUCACUAAAAAGACAGAAGAGGUAAAAGACAGCGACGACACAAAGGCUCCGGAAACGCAAGAAUUCAAAGAAAGCUUGACGGUCAUUAAAAAGGCGAAAGACAAAUUGUUAAUCAGUGACAAAUCGGAAGAAACAUCCGACACUAAAGAUAGUUUGGAGUCAUCGGUUAUUAAAAAAGUAGACAAAUCAGAAUCAAGCAAAUGUAAAGAGAAACAAGAUGAAGAAGUGAGACCCGCUGUUGACGAGAAAGCCAAGGCAGCCUCCGAAAGUAAGACAGAAAAGACGGACAAGAGGGAAAAGAAGGACAAGCCGGAAAAGACGGACAAGCCGGAACAAACGGACAAGCCGGAAACGAUGGACAAGAUUGAAAAGAAGGACAAGCUGGAAAAGAGGGACAAGCCGGAACGAACGGACAAGCCGGAAACGAUGGACAAGAUUGAAAAGAAGGACAAGACGGAAAAGACGGACAAGCCGGAAAAGACGGACAAGCCGGAAAAGAAGGACAAGCCGGAAAAGACGGACAAUCCGGAAAAGAAGGACAAGCUGGAAAAGACGGAAAAGCCGGAAAAGGCGGACAAGCCGGAAAAGAUGGACAAGAUUGAAAAGAAGGACAAGACAGGAAAGACGGACAAGCCGGAACAGACGGACAAGCCAGAAAAGACGGACAAGAUUGAAAAGAAGGACAAGACAGGAAAGACGGACAAGCCGGAACAGACGGACAAGCCAGAAAAGACAGGAAAGAAGGACAAGACAGAAAAGCCAGAAGACGUAAAGAAAAGUGUCAACUGCGAAGAAGAUACGAUACCUGAUGUCACCAAGACGAGCGACUCUACAUCCAAGCACACAGAGACCAACGACGAAGACGUGGCCGUUAAACACGACGAAAUCAAAAAGAACGCAGUUGCACAGAACACGACGGAGGAAGCAUCCGAAGGUAAAGAUAAAUCGUCCGAGAAGACAGACACCUCGGAAAAAAGUGAUAAAAAACGCAAAAAGACGGACAAGGAAGAGACGAAGUCGUCUGAGGAACAGCAUGAUAAAAUCGAGGCCGAGAGUCCGUCGACAGAAAGUAAAAAGGACGCCGACGCUGAAAAACAUACAAACGGCAGCGAGAAUCUCUCAUGUCGAGAUAAAGGAAGUAAAGAGGAUUCAAAAACCGAUGACACGAAGGAGAAAGAAGCUCACAAAGAGAAAGAAACCUCGACCAAAAAGGACGGAGCUGCUCACCAAAAUGUGAGCAAAGAACCGGAUCAUAAAUCCGAGACCGAGACCGAGAAAUUGGACCACGCCAAGCCGACUGAUGAGGAAAGUAAAAGCAAAAGUGAAGACGAAGCAGACUCGGCAACAAAGAAGGAGGUGGCGAAUGGCAGCGACGCUCCGUCGGACGUUAAAGAGGCGAUUUCCCGUCGGAGAGUGAAGCCGGCCCACCGAAGGAAAGCGAUCCUCCGUAGAGAGGAGAGACAAGGAGAUUCAGAGUCCGAUACGAACACCGGGGGUGGGAUGUCUCUCCGACGGUCGCCGAGGAUCUCUAGACCGACGGCGAAGGCGGUGGAGGUCCACGACAGGAAGGCGGAAAAACCUCAGGCUGCUCCGCUGACUGAGAAGAGCGAGAAGGAUAAAGAGGGGGAAGAGGAGGAGGAGCAGGAGUCAAAAGCUGUCCAAAAGAAGCCAAGAGAGAAAAAGGCAGAUCAGGAGGGUCAGCCUAAAGCCAAGGGGAGAAAGAGGCGGAAGGUUCGGUGGUCCAACACGCGAACGCGCCGCAAAAAGAAAGGCUCCGAAGACGAGGACGACCACAGCGAAGAGGAGUCCAGCGAAGAGGAGGAGACCGAGGAGGAGGACGACAGCGACGAAGACUACAAGGUGGAGCGAAGCAGAAAGAGGCGGAACCGCAACCGAGAGAGACGAAGCUCGGACUCCUCGACAUCCUCAGAUGACGACCUACCUCCAAACGACGACCCCUGCAAACAUUGUGGUCUUCCAAAUCACCCUGAGCUGAUCUUACUGUGUGAUUCGUGUGAUAGUGGCUACCACACAGCCUGCCUGAGGCCUCCGCUCAUGAUCAUCCCAGACGGAGAAUGGUUCUGCCCGCCGUGUCAACAUAAACUCCUCUGUGACAAACUAGAAGAGCAGCUCUUAAACCUUGACGCCGCUUUGAAGAAGAAGGAACGAGCUAAUAGAAGGAAAGAGCGUCUCAUUUACGUCGGAAUCAGUGUCGAAAACAUCAUCGAGCCCUCCGUCGAGCCGGUGGAAGAACCUCCAGCGGUUAUAAUCAAAGAGAAGAAAGAAGUAAAGAGAAGUAAGAGCUGGGGUCGAAGGUCUACGAGGAACAAGAAGAACAUAAGCUACAGAUUCGAUGAAUUCGACGAGGCGAUCGAGGAGGCGAUCGAGGAAGACAUCAAAGAAGCAGAAGGCGGAGGCGCUGGUCGGGGUAAAGACAUGGCCAACAUCACGGGACUCAGAGGAAAGGACAUGUCCACCAUUCUCCAGAGCGAGGAGGGCAAAGAGAACGGCCGGCCGCCACAACCCGACAUCAGCCAGCGCAAGAAGAAACGCCGGCGACUCAACGACCUUGACAGCGACAGCACGGUGGAUGAGGAGGAGAGCGAGGAAGAGUUUCGCAUCAGUGAAAGCUCGGAAGAAGAGUUCGUCGUAUCCGGAAACGAGACGGAGGUGGAGACGGAUGGAGACUCCAACGACAGCGACUUCGGCAGCAACAAAGGCGGGAAGCGUCGCAAGUCGACGUCGGUCAGGAAGUCGUCGUCACGGCGACGAAGCUCUCGAAAGCGACGGAGACCGAGAGGCUACUCGGACGACGAAGAGGAAGAGACUGAUGACGACGAAGAUGAAGAUGAAAUAGUGACCGAAGGCUCCAGCGAAUACAGCGACAGUGAUCUGGAUAUGAGUCGACGGCGGUCUCGGCGGAGUCAGAAGAAGCAGGUGAACUACUGCGAGACGUCCGAGUCCGAAGGCUCUCAGGCAGAAACCAACCGGGACAAAAUGAAAGCCCGACGUCGCCAGGACAGCUCGGAGAGUGAAGCGAGUUUCUCCAGAGACUCUGACGAGGAGCCAAGGGAUCAGCGGGUGAAGAGGAUAGCCGACUCUUCCAAGGAGGAUUCCCGGCAGCGGCACAGACGGCUGGCGCUAAAACGCAGGAGAGCUUCGGAAGACGACGACUCAGACGACGACUCUGACGAAUCGUCGGAGGAGGAUCGUCCCAUCCGUAAACGGGUGAACCGCAUCGACUCCGACGACUCUGAUGAGGAGGAAGAGGAGGAGGAGAAGGAGGAGAAGGAAGAGAAGGAGGAGAAGGAGAAGGAAAAGGAGGAGCCGAAGGAGAAGAAAGCGGCUGACAAAGCGGAGGAGGAGGGCGGCGUUCUGACAAAGGGAACAAACCAGCUGGACUGCAAAGCGGCGGAGCUGCCGCCCACCAAUGGACAGAGCCAGGUAAAGAGCGUCGAGGGCGUCUCGAGGGCCGCUCCGGGCCUCAACCCAAAUCUGGAGCCACCCAAAAACAUCAGUGCCACACCAGCCACCGCCAUCGCACCAAACGGUCUGGUCGCCCCGGAGAUGCCAGCGCAGGAGGACGAUGAAGACGACCUGUUAGGAGUCACAGAUCUAGUGGACUACGUCUGCAAUAAUGAACAAUUGUAAAAAAAAAAAAAAAAAACAACAAAAAACAACAACAAAAAAAAGGUGUACUGUUUCAUUUUUUUUGUGGUAUUGUAUUUUUAUAAUGCUUAACUUUAUUAUUCCUUCCCACACCAACACUUCUUCUUCUUCUUCUUCUUCUUCUUCUUCUUCUUCU